AUGGCUGGCAGAGGCAUGCUCCCCUCCCUGCCCACACUGACUGUGCUUGUUCCCCUCCUGUCCCUAGCAGGCUUGUUUUACUCAGCCAGCGUAGAUGAAACCUUCCCACAGGGCUGCACCAGCACAAACAGCUUGUGUUUCUACAGUCUCCUCCUUCCUAUGACAAUACCGGUUUAUGUGUUCUUCCACCUGUGGACCUGGAUGGGGAUUAAGCUUUUUAGGCACAACUAG